GAGUGGAGGAGAGACAUGUCUGGCCGAGGCAAAGGAGGCAAAGGUCUGGGGAAAGGCGGCGCUAAGCGUCACCGCAAAGUGCUCCGUGAUAACAUCCAGGGCAUCACCAAACCAGCCAUCCGCCGCCUGGCGCGGCGUGGCGGAGUCAAGCGCAUCUCCGGCCUGAUCUACGAGGAGACCCGCGGGGUGCUGAAGGUUUUCCUGGAGAAUGUGAUCAGGGAUGCGGUCACCUACACGGAGCACGCCAAGCGCAAGACCGUCACCGCCAUGGAUGUGGUGUACGCUCUGAAACGCCAGGGCCGCACUCUGUACGGAUUCGGCGGCUGAACAUCUCCUCAACGUCAAGACACAAAGAACAAAGGCUCUUAUAAGAGCCGCCCAAGUGCUCAUAUCAAAGGCUGUAACUUCCAAACGAAACUCGUCUGGCGUCAGGCGUUUGUCCUUCACUAUAUAUAAUGUGGUCGCUCCAGCGGGAGCCCGAAUAAGAUUGUCCACAGACAAACCACAGCUUAGUGUUUCUGUAUCCAACUUGUCAUGAUU